UGUAGUGGCACUCAAACUAAUUUGCCGCACCGACUGUGCCGCACUCCCCAUAGGGCAUCAUCCUCUUGUUUUUCUUUUAGGGGUGGGAGGUGGGGAACCGCGCGCGCACUGGAUUAUCUCUCCUGGUUGUUUGACACAGCUGCUGGUGGCUCUCCAAAAGCCACUCGUACCAUGACAGUGCUCACUUGAAGGAACCCCGUCAUCGUCGUGUGUAAUUUAUUUGGUGGAUGAAGACUGUUUCCAAUCAAUUCAGCGCGACUUCGAUGCCAGAUCCAGCGAAGAUGAGCAAGAACGGAAUGCUGACGCAGAUCCGCACGAGGAUACGAGUGGACCCGUUCACAGCCGCGUACGAGCUGGUCGGCAGAGAGCUGGGCAGGGGAAAGUUUGCGGUGGUGAAGAAGUGCAUCGAGAAGGCGACGGGGAAGCAGUGCGCCGCCAAGUUCCUCCGAAAGCGGCGGAAGGGCGAGGACUGCCGCAUGGACAUCCUGAACGAGAUCGCCAUGCUGGAGUCGGCCAUGGCCAACCCGUACGUGGUGGCGCUGCACGAGGUCUACGAGACCAACGCCGAGAUCAUCCUCGUCCUGGAGUGCGCCGCCGGCGGCGAAAUCUUCGACCAAUGUGUAGCCGACAACGACGAGGCCUUCACGGAGAACGAUGUGAUCCGGCUGGCCAAGCAGAUCCUGGCGGGCGUGGCCUUCCUGCAUCGGAACAAUGUGGUGCAUCUGGAUCUGAAACCCCAGAACAUCUUGCUGACCAGCGCCAGGCCUCUGGGGGACAUUCGCAUUGUGGACUUUGGCUUGUCCCGACGCAUGGACAACAUCACAGAGGUCAGGGAGAUCCUGGGCACCCCCGAGUAUGUUGCGCCAGAGAUCCUGAACUAUGAACCCAUUAGCACUGCGACAGACAUGUGGAGCAUCGGGGUCCUGACCUACGUCAUGCUGACGGGCGAGUCGCCCUUCCUGGGCGACGACAAGCAGGAGACGUUCCUCAACAUCUCCCAGGUCAACGUGGACUACUCGCAGGACACCUUCGAGGGCAUCUCCUCCCUGGCUGUGGACUUCAUCGGCGCCUUGUUGGUUAAGAACCCCAGGAAGAGAGCCACGGCCGAGGAAUGCCUCAACCACCCCUGGCUGAACUCGCUCGCCCACCCCCACCCGCACCUCCACGCCAGGUCGGCCUCCUCCUCCUCCGCCGCCGACGAGCCGGAGACGAGCCAGUCGGAGUCCGAGCCCGAGAGCCCGGCUCCGUGCCCCGAGCCGGACCCGAUCGGGUCCUACCGGUCGUGCCCGGGCCAAGGUGGGCUGAAGACGGGCCGCGACGCCUUCUCCUUCAGCGAGCCCCUCUUCCCCAAGCGGCCGGAGAUAAAGCAGGAGCUGAUCUGCUGAACGCCGUUUCGCAGGUAGAGAGAUGGAGAGAGAGAGAGGGAGAGAGAGAGAGAGAGAAAAAGUCGACUUUCGCCGGAGCGGACGCUGAAAACCAGGCGGCGCUGCUGCAGCUUCUCGGCCUCGCUCCGACUCGGGGCCGCGCGACACGGAUGCUGUACGCCCGUUAGCCGCCGCUUCUACUGCUGUGAUGUCUGUGAGCCGGGCUCCGUGUGUCACCUUCAUGCCUCUGAGUCAUACUCGCCUCUCCCUGCGCUGAUCCAUGAGUGUCCGGCCUGUGAGAGGAAUAGAGAUGCGGGGGGGGGGGGGGGGGGAGACAAAGGAUUGCGCCGCUGCCUUUUUAAAGUGACGGGGCUCGGUUUAUUAACACUGUGGCUCGUUCACCCCCUGCACGCACACUGGUUUCUCUUUUUACCCAAUUAGCCUCUUGAACUGAGCUCCAGCAAGGAUGAGGAGGAAGAGGAGGAGGAGGCCUCGGGAGAUGACUUCACUCACCGUGUGCUCUCAUCAAAACACGUUAUGCUUCGACUGACCCAGACAUGCCUUCUGGUAUGAGUUUUGUUGAAGGAUUUAAAGGGUUUUAAACACAUGGUCGUCGUUAACUAGAGAAUGAAAGCGAAGGACCGCUCCACUGUUUUAUGUUUAUUCAUGUGCGUUCGUCGUGUCACUUCCCCCCCUGAAAGAGACGCGAAGCCACAUCAAAGCCUGGGUUUGGAAAUAGUAGCAAUCUUUUUUUUUUUUUAAGGACAAUUUGAAGCACUUUUUAUUUUGUUAUUGGACGUGUUGGAGUAAGAAACCAAAGGCUAGUCGAGCACAGUCAGCUGUCACGCGAUGUACUGUACAUAUAAACUAUUUUCCACAAUCUACUGUUUUUGUCGCGUACCUUCAUUCACAAAGUGCCACGCUUUUUCUUUUUUAAACCCUCACUUCUGUGUUAAUAUUACAAUUUUGCAUUUGUAUUGUUUUGUUGGCUAUUUCACAAGUUGCACACGUUGUUUUAUUUUUCCUGUACUUCACUGCGAGGUCGCCACAAUAUUUCAGGCUCUUCAAAAGUUGCGAUAACAUCGAUCUUGGAACGAGGGGCUGAAAUUGUGAUGAAGAUUUGUAUAAAUAUGUGAUGUUUGCCUUCAAAUGCUCGGGAGCAGAGAAAUCGGUAGGAAUUUCUCAAAAGUACUGAAAUGUAUAUUGUGAGUUAGUAUUAAGAUUAAUCUGUACAAUUGUCUUUCUUUACAUUUGAAUGUUAACAUCAUAAUAUCAUUUCUCAUUUUGUACAUAAACUUUUACUUAUUCCUGUUGUCAGGCAGGUUUGCACUUCUCCUCGUGGACGCUUUGUUGAGAUGAAUAAAUGUACGUGUGAAUAAACAUACAGAUGCAUUUUGUAUCGAACUCUGA